ACUGCCCAUAUUAAGGGCAAGUCUUACCUGUAAGGCAGACUCACUGGUGAUUCAGCGGUGUUUGUAAGGAAGGGAAUUAUUGCAUAUGACCGUGCCGAUGUAACUGCUGAUCUAAGAACGUUGUAGGGAAUAAUUCAGUUAUUUGGAUUCAUCCCAGAGCUCAACUCUGAUAGUAACAAGGCUUCCUGCCUCAUCUGGAAAACCUUAUAAAUAAAGGGAGCUGCGCGGGAAUGGGGAAAGUUGGACAAUCCAUGCAAAUGGGGAAAAAAUGAAAAUAUUACCGCAGUGGGAAUGGAGAUGAAUAAAAUAAGUCUACUGGUCAAAAAUAGGGAUGGGAUGAUGUAAGUAGACGAAAAAAGUUGUGAAAAGAACAGAGGAUGCAAAAUGAAAGAUAUACUGAACAGCCAAUUUCAUCUUCAUGGAGAAAACGUGUUUUACAAAAUAUUUUUUUUUGUCAUUAAUACUUUUUGCAGUGAUGUGGAUAAUCCAUAACAUAGCCUUAGGGCGAAAUCUGACUAUAUAUCCACAUUUAUGGGGAAAUAUUUUACAUCCAACAGCUGAUCUGAGUAAUCAGUCUGCAAAGAACUUGACUGAACAAAAUAUAACGCCGAUUAAGGAGACAAAACAUUUCCUGGUCUCUGCCUACAAAGAUCAUAGGAUUAAUGGAACCAUUCGUAUCAUUAGCAUAUUUAGGAGGGAUGAUGUCAGAAGACUGUAUUGUAUCAUUGGUUGUGCUCAACAUGGAUAUUUUGUUACAGCAGCAGAGGUCGACAUACACAGUGAUCAUUUUGGGUUCCCUUACCAGACCACAGACCUGCUGUGUAAAACUGACCCAAAGUGUGAUGCUACAAAUGUCACCAUCAGUAAUUCUCCAUACACCUCAGACAUUCCAGACAUGAUCUUCCUUCCCAUACGAAACAGAGAGAGAAAUGAACACAACUUCAAACACAAUUUCACUGUCUGCAUCUCCAACCUCUUUGGAACUUAUAACAAUGUACUGCAGUUUGUGCAGACCAUAGAAGUGUACAAGCUCCUGGGCAUACAGAAGGUGGUCAUCUAUAACACCAGCUGUGGCCCAGACCUCGAUAAGGUUCUGCAGUACUACAGGGAGGAGGGUACACUUGAAAUCCACCAAUGGCCAAUAGAUCAGUUCCUCAAUCCCUCCAAAGGCUGGAACUUUGAAGAGCAUAAAGGUGACCUACAUUACUAUGGGCAGUUAACUACUCUGAACGACUGUAUCUACAGAAACAUGUACAGAUCCAAGUAUCUUCUGCUGAACGACAUUGAUGAAAUAAUUGUGCCUUAUCAGCACGCUACACUGGAGCUUCUCCUGGAGGACCUGCAAAGGCAAAACCCCACAGUAGGAGUCUUUAUAAUCCAGAAUCGUUUCUUCCCUAAAACCGUUUUUGAUGAUGAGGGCAGGUUCAGUUUCCCACGAUGGAAAAUAGUUCCAGGAGUAAACAUUUUGGAACACAUCUACCGGGAACCUUACAGGAAACAUGUUUACAACCCCACCAAGAUGAUCAUAAACCCCAGGCAAGUGGUGCAGACAUCAGUGCAUUCAGUGCUGAAGAAUUACGGAGACACAUUGAGAGUUCCGCCUGGUGUGAGCAGAAUUGUACAUGUCAGAGUUGCUCUACAGGGGAAUCUCACCAAAGAGCAACUGAUUGUGGACACAAAGCUGUGGGAAUAUCAGAAGGACCUUCUGCCAAAGGUUGAUAGUGUGCUGAAUAAAUCUGGGAUCUAUGAUUAAAGCAUUUUUAUUUCCACAA